AUGGAGGAGAGACUGUUUCUUGCAUUGAUCGUCUUUUCCUCGCUCACAGUAUUAGCAGAAACUAUUGCUGAAAAGCAUCCUAUUGAAAUCUACAGCCUCCAUGUGGACUGCAAGAUCACAUCACGGUUUGCUCACACAGUCAUCAUCAGCAAAAUUGUCAACCGAGAUAAUGAGUCCAGAGAGGCAACAUUUGAAGUGGAGUUACCCAAGACGGCGUUCCUCACCAACUUCUCCAUGUCCAUCGAUGAUAAAGUAUACCCAGGAAUAAUAAAGGAGAGAGCUUCUGCUCAAAAGGAAUAUGACACUGCGGUCUCACGUGGGCAGAGCGCUAGCCUCGUCAAAAUCACAGGCAGAAAACUGGAGCAGUUUCAUGUGUCUGUCAGCAUUGCAGCCGCCAGCAAAGUCACUUUUGAGCUGAGGUAUGAGGAGCUGUUGAAGCGGCAGCUGGGGAAGUUCGAGCUGCUGAUCAAGCUCCGACCGAAGCAGCUUGUUAAGCACUUCCAGAUUGAUGUGCACAUCUUCGAGCCCCAAGGCAUACGCUUCUUGGAGACAGACAGCACGUUUAUGACAAAUGAGUUAAGUGAGGCGCUCACAAAAGUGCAGAAUGAAACCAAGGCUCAUAUUUUAUUUAAGCCAACUGUAGAUCAACAGAAGGUAAAUCCUGAACUUGAGGAAACCCUCCUCAAUGGUGAUUUUGUUGUACGUUAUGAUGUUGAGAGAGGUGCCGCUGCAGGUGAUAUAGAGAUUGUCAAUGGGUAUUUUGUGCAUUACUUUGCACCCCAUGAAAUGCCAGUGUUUCCCAAAAAUGUCAUCUUCGUUAUAGAUCGAAGUGGCUCCAUGGCAGGCAGAAAAAUUGAACAGACAAGGCAUGCCCUGUUGAAAAUUUUGCAAGACCUCCGCCCCGAAGAUCGUUUCAGCUUUAUCACCUUUAACAGCAAAGUGGUGGAGUGGAAGAGCUCUCUGCUGCAAGCCGCUGCAGAGAACGUGGCAAGUGCUGCAGGAUUCGUGCAAACUCUUUCUGCUAGUGGAGGCACAGAUAUUAAUCGUGCCCUGCUGACUGCUGUAAGCAUGCUGGAUAAAGCCGAGAGGCUGCCAGAACGGAGUGUCUCCAUGAUUAUUUUGCUGACAGACGGCCAGCCCACUUCUGGUGAGAGAAAUGUGGAACUAAUUCAAGAAAACAUUCAGAAAGCAGUCAAUGGGAAAUAUGCUCUUUUCUGCCUUGGCUUUGGGUUUGAUGUCAGUUAUAAGUUCCUGGAGAAAAUGUCCCUAAGCAAUGGGGGAAUAGCACGUCGUAUAUAUGAAAAUGCUGAUGCAUCCUUGCAGCUCCAGGGCUUUUAUCAAGAGGUGGCUACCCCAAUAUUGAUGCAAAUCGAAAUGCAGUAUCCAGAAAAUGCCGUUGAGGGGUUAACCAAGAACAAUUUCAAGCUGUUUUUUGAAGGAUCUGAAAUUGUAGUAUCUGGAAAAAUUAGCAAUGAUCUUGAUCUUUUGCCAGUAGAAAUUAAAGCUCAGUCACAUGCUAGUGACUUGACUCUUAAAGAAGAAGCAAAGGUCAAAGAGAAGGAGCAAGUGUUUCAAAAUCAAAGUUACAUCUUUGGAAAUUUCAUAGAGAGACUGUGGGCUUACUUAACCAUUCAACAGCUUCUGGAAAAAUCUAUUUCAGCACAAGAAGGGGACCAGAAAACCCUGGAGGCGCAAGUCUUAGAGCUGUCUCUGAGGUACAGCUUUGUUACUCCCCUCACUUCCAUGGUGGUCACCAAACCCUCUGGCCAGCAGCAGAUGGAGCUGGCGAACAAACCCACCGAAGCUGAUAAUGAGAAGCCCAGCAGUUUUCCAGUAAGAGAUGCUUAUAGACUGAGGACUGGAUCACCUUCUGUUGUCAGGCUAAGAGACAAAAUGAGAGCACAACCUCUUGCCAACGAGUAUCCACAGCUUCUCUUGCAAUUACCCAAACAAAAUGAAAUACUCUGUUUAAAUACUGAUGGAAAAGCACAUCCCUCUGGCCACCUGCUGUCAGAUCCAGAGCAAGGACUCACUGUGACGGGGAAACUUGGGGACAGAAUAAAUCACUUUGUGCGGUUUGAAAUUAACUAUGUGAAUCCCCCUGUGCAAAUCCAUGUCUCCACCCAUGAGAUCAUCCUAAGGCACAAUAACGAGAGCACUCAGCUUCCAUGGAUGGAGUCAGCCACAUCCACUGUCCAGAGGCUGAGAGUCUCAGUUGAAAAGGAAAGGAGUGUUACAGCAUCAUUGUCUGAUACAGUCACAGUGAAAAUUUCCCUUGUAAAGUUUCCAGAUGAUUUCCUUGGGCUGUAUUUCUUGAACACCAACCAUUUUUCUGACAAAGUCAGUGGAGUUCUGGGUCAAUUUUAUUCAAAAGCACAAUUUGAGAAUAAUUCCAACAUCAAUUGGAGAGAUGAUGAAAGACUCCUGAAUGUUUCUGGAUCUGAGCACAGAGUUACCAGGCAAUACAAGAAAGAUUACAGGCUUGAAUCAGCCAGUGAUCCUGUUUCCUGCUGGUCGAUAGAUCUAACUCCCUAG